AGUGUUAUACCAAAGACUGGACUGAGCUCCAACUGUAUGCCUAAUGUUAUCGCUGUUUCCUACAAAUAGCCCAGGGAAUCAAGAAAACAGAGUAUACGUCACAACAAUAGCGCUUAUAUUUGUAGAUCAUAUACUACUAUUGCUUAAAGCUGGACACUCGUGAGCGGGCAACCGUCUUCGGAUAUGGCAGAUAUAGCCAUGACACCUCGUAACUGAUGAUGGUUGAAUAAUUUCCAUUUAUUUUCUUCACCGCACAUUUUUUUAUCAUUUAUAUUUUGUACAGAAGGAUUUUAUACACUUGUUACAUUUGUCCAAAAUGGUGAAUUCCGUAGGAUUUCGAUUAUUUGUGAUUAUGUGUGUGUGCUUCCAACAACUUUAUGCACAAAAUAAUUUUAUGGCCAUUCAAAAUCAUAUAGACAAAAUAAUGAUGAAUGCUCGAAUUUUAAGCGAUAUCGUACAAGCCGAGAUGACCAAACAGGGACUUCCGUCUGGACCCGGUGUGCCCCCCUCCGCCAAUGUUGCGUAUUCUUCGUUUGUGGAUGAGGUGGAGGGAAGACUACGUGUGUUGGAGGAUACCACGGCGUCCCUCACCAAACAGAUGAACAGGUGCCCGAACGCACCGGCACCACCUGCACCUCCAACCAACGUCAUUGCUGAAUCAGCUACAUCCGACAAUGUAUCCUCCAUCAUUGUUCGGUGGGAUCCCCCUAACCCAGUCCCAGACAAUCUCCAGUAUAAGGUAUACUUUGCCGCCGUUGACGAGACCGGAUAUCAGCCCCAGGGUGAGGUCGUCUUCAAGAUUUGUGACGCUACUCAAACUUCUGCCUCUAUCACCGACUUGUCUCCGCGAUCUAACUAUCAGGUUAGAGUGGGAACGGUUGCUGGGGUAGUUACCGAGGCUUCCAGCGUGCCCCAGGUCAUCGAGACACCUGAUAUUAUUCCAUCCACGCCUCAGAAUCUCAGAAUAGAAGGCACGACACCAAACGCAGUGACUUUGCGAUGGGAUUCUCCCGAUAUUGCUGGAGUUGUCACAUCAUACGUGCUUUAUUAUCGCGAAGAAGGCGGUUCUCCACAAAUGACAGAGACUGUAAAACCACCAAACUUGUUCUACACCGUCAACGAUCUGUCUGAAGGAACCCGAUAUCAGUUUGAUGUGGCCGCCAGAUCUAACAAUGGAGAAGGUCCUAGGAGUGUACCCGUGGAGGUCAAAACCAUUGACUUCAAUCCACCCCACCCUCUUGACCUGAACUGUACAUCUUUAAACAAGACCGCUGUUCUGUUAACGUGGCGGAAACCUCUUGUUCUGCCGGGCGAUGGAAUCAUUCGUGGAUUUAAUAUUAACUAUACUGACAGUAGAUACAGAGAAUUCUUCCUCUACAAAACACCAGACGCGUCUGCCACAGAAGCUGUCAUUGAAAAUCUCGAGCCGGCCACUGUCUAUUACUUCCAAGCGUCUUCACGAACCAGGAAAACAUUCGGAGGAGGCGGAGCCGUCGUUAUGUGUAACACUAAAGCUGAUGCUCCUUCCCAACCUAGAAACGUUCAGAUCGAAUUAUCGAGAUUAGAUCCUCCACAACUGACAAUCAAGUGGAUCCCCCCAUAUCAUACAUAUGGACCACUGGAUAACUAUACUCUCCACUGGGGCGUCAAAAACGGAGCUCUCAGAAAAGAGAAAAUCGAACCUUACAGACUACGUUGGGAUUCAGAUUAUUUAGAUGACGCUACGGUUCACGAGUUUAAAUUGUAUGCUGUAAAUUUAGAAGGAUUCGGCGAACCUGCAGUAGUACAGUUCACUACACCAAAACGAGAAACGAUUGUUCCACCAAACGUCACUGUAGACCGUGUUAAAGGACCAAACAACACGACCAUGUUGAGGGUCAAAUGGGAUCCACCUAAUCAACCUGUGGAGGGCUAUAGAAUUCUGUACAGGAAGUUUGAGUGGGUUUACACCGGAAGGUGGAAGCUGAAGGAGUUAAACGAUCCUAACGCUUUGUCCACAGAGAUUGUUGUUGACGAACCUAAUUAUUCACAUAUUGUUGUGGUCCGUGGUACCGCUAAACGCCAAAAUCCAAAUUACCCAAUCAUGGGAGGACAGAUGGGAGGGCAGAUGGGAGGUCAGAUGGGAGGACAGAGGGGAGGACAGAUGGGAGGUCAGAUGGGAGGUCAGAUGGGAGGCCAAAUGAUGAACAACCAAGCCCGUAUGAACCAAGGACAACCAAUGGUCGCCGGGAUGAUGAACCAGGCUGGAACGCCCCUAGCAGGGCAAAUGAACAUGCCAAUGAUGAGUGCCGGUAUGAAUGGCAACAUGGGAGGAAAUAUGGGCGGAAAUAUGCCCAUGAGUAACAAUAUGGGAGGAGGCAUGAGUGGUGGUGUGAAAGUGGGUCCAGGACAAGGAUCAAAUCCCUUUGGAGGUCAAAUGAGCAUGCGUAUGUCAGGUAAUCAGCAACAACCCCCACAAGGUAAUCAAUUGCAACAACCUAUAAAAAUGAAUUCAAUGUCACAACCCUUAUCACAGGGCAAAAUCCCGGAGCCACCCGGAUUCAACAAAGGGGGAUUUAAUCAACCAUUUAGAGCAUAGAGAGACUGUGAUGGUGAAAGGUUGGGAAAUAUGAUUUUAAUGUUACUGUGAGUAGUUUUACAAAGAUGUGCUUCGGUACAUGGAAACGUCUGUGCUUUGAGGUGGUUUUACAAACUUAUACGAGAAUAAAAUCUAACAAUUUUGUGUUCACGUUCCCUUUAAAAAGGGAUGAUUUAAGAGUUCUUUUUGAUGUAAACAAGAAAUUAAGCAGUUAAUGCAAAAACUAUAGAACAAAACCGCCAAUCCAUGGCAUGACAAACUUUGUGUUAUGUCAGAUUAUUUGAAUAAUUUAUUCACUUCCUAGGAGGAAUAAGGUAAUAAAGUACAAAAUUAAUUUUGAUAUUGGAAUUUAAAGUCAAUGUCUAGUUAAUAUGGGUUUGCAUAUAUUUUUGCAAUAUCUCAUAUAACAUUUGCAUUACUUUAAAUGAUAUUAAAAUUUAAUUUUGACUUCUUUCUUUAGGCUAAACACCAUCCAUCAUAUCAUGUAAAUGUGUCCUGGAGUGCGGAGCGAUCAUCUCCAUAAGAAUAUCAUUCGAACGCGUAUGGCGAAAUGGUGUACAUAAUGCAGUCAAGCAUUCAGGUGUGCACGGUCACUCGUGGUGGGUGACCAGACCAAAUUCUGAAAAAUAGACACAUCGAUAAUAUGUAACGUAUUUAUGAAAUCAUGCUCUUGUUUGUCUUUGUAGAUCUGUGUACAAAUAAACUGUAAAACACGA